UUACAACACGGAAUCACAUUUCGAAAACAGCCAAAACACCAGUGGGAGAUGAUCAAAUUCCUCGGAUCCAUGGGCGGCGGUCUCAACGCUGGAAUCGCAAAGGUGCGGACUAAGGACGACCCGCUUGGCCGAGUGUUCAUUGAAAAGCGCUUCAGCGAAACUGAUGUUUUCUUCAAGAUAGCCCACAAAGAGAUAGCGUUGCUACAUCAAGUUGGUGAUCACCCAUAUAUUACGAGGAUGAUUGAUCAUUUCGUGGAUGAGAGGGUGAAGAAGGCGAGUGUGUACAUGGAGUUUUGUGAUAUGGGCAGCUUGAUGGAUGUUGUUUUGAAAGUAUGUGAGGGACAACGUGUGAACGAGCAUAAGUUGUGGCAGUGGUUACUCCAAUCGAUGGAAGCGCUGGUGUACUGCCAUCGCGGACAUGCACCCGACGACGAGAGGGCAGUGAUGAAUUGGGCUCGCAUCUAUCACCGGGAUAUCAAACCAGCUAAUAUCUUUCUUAAACGCGCUGAAGUCGAAGGGAAAAUGCAGAUUGUCGCGAAACUGGCGGAUUUUGGAUGCGGGCAAUCUGACGAAUGGACGAGCCAGACGAAACCAGAGGCUUCGGCAUCGCGUGCCUCAGCCCUUACACCAGGGUUCGAUCAGCCGGAAUAUCCAAGAUUCUCAGGGUGUAGUGAUGUUUGGCAAUUGGCGAUGGUCUUCGUUUGCGUUUCCGGUUUGCGCGGGGCCCCUCGUAGUAGGCGGAAUCCUCAGGGAAGGCAGUGGAAUAAAGACUGUCCGGCGGGGCCGAGUUAUUCCAAGGAGCUGAAUGCAGUAUUAAAAUGGUGCUUGACUGAAGAUGCAACGAGACGACCUGGAGCGUUGGAAUCACUGAAGAGACUGAAGAACACAUACAAAGAGGUCAAUACUCGGUUGCUUCCAGACACGCAGCCACUAGAGAUUUUUGAUCAAACAGGAGGCCAAACCCCCCGGGAGGCGCAACCUAUGCACUCUCCAUUUCCGGGACAGCAUCUAAACCACCCUGGAACUCGACGACAUGUGUUGUCAAACCCUGAAGUUGGAAGGUUUGGGCAUAUGCCGGAUAACUAUGCACAUCUCGUGAACGGUCGACGACCUCCACAA